CUUUUUGAUAAUAAUGUGUUAUUUAGUUGGAUUUAGUAUGAAAAAAGGAAUUAAAUAAAAAUUGUGUGAUGGCAAGAAUGUGAGCGUCCGCCGAGAAAGAAGGAAAGGGAAAACAGAUAGCGUGUUGUUUGUUUGUGUUUGAGUGAAAUGGGAAUGGACUUGGUUUUCAAUUCAUCAUCACCAGUACCACCACUAUUAUGUAGUAGUAGUAGUAGAAGGCACACACACAACAACUACAAUUUCAAUUUCAAAUGCAGCAGCAAUGUUGUUAAUAGGAGGAGGAGGAAAUUGUUGUCCAUUUCCAUGGCCAUGCCAUCUGCUGCUCAGGUCAGGUUCCCUUUCUUUUUCAUUCAUUCACUCAACUCAAUUGGCAGCCUACUUCAUUCAUUCAUUACUAAUUUUUUUUGUUGUUUUAAUUUGAAGGCAUAUGAUUCAGAGUUAGAGAACAAAAAGCACGAGCUUUUAACCUCUGUCCGAGACACACAGAGGGGACUCUUAACAACUCCUCUUCAACGUUCUUCUAUCGAGGAAGCUCUUGUGAAUGUGGAAGGAACAAACUUGGGUCACCCAAUUGAUCUCAACAACUUGGAUGGGACGUGGCGCCUACAAUAUACUUCCGCUUCUGAUGUUCUCAUUCUCUUUCAAGCUGCUGCUACACUUCCUUUUUUCCAAGUUGGACAGAUAUUUCAGAAAUUUGAAUGUCGUGAUAACUCUAAUGGAGGAGGUGUUAUUCGCAAUAUUGUCCAAUGGAGUAUUCCAAAUUUGUUAGAGGAACAAGAAGGUGCUACAUUGCUUGUAUCUGCCAAGUUUACUCUUGUAUCUGUCCGUAAUAUCUACCUUCAGUUUCAAGAGAUCACAGUUCAAGAUAUAAAUAUUAGUGAACAGUUGCAGGCUCUAAUAGCUCCAGCAAUACUACCUCGAUCUUUUAUAAAUUUGCAGAUCUUGCAAUAUCUCCGUGCUUUCAAAGCUCAAAUUCCUGUGAGUCCGGGAAGAGAAUCGGUAGGAGGACUAUAUUACCUGAGUUACUUGGAUGAUAAUAUGCUUUUGGGUCGUGCUGUUGGUGGAGGAGGUGUAUUUGUGUUUACGAGAGCCCAAUCACUUUACUAAUGAGCAUUGAUCAGUAGUUUAAGACUGUACUGGUUGUCAGCAGUUACAGUAAUACUCGAUGAGCCGUACCGUAAUUGUGGAACUGGCUAUAUAGAGAGGAAAAAAUAGUUUGUGUUCAAUGUAUCUUUUUAAUAUCAAAUGUCUAGCUGGUAGCUCUUUAAAUUGUGCAUUUAAACAAAGCAUCCUUUGAACAAAAUGGUAAACAAAGGCUAUAUGUUAUAAACAAAGUUUAUAUGUUAUACUCUGAACUGUUAUCUCAAGUAAAAAGCUUCCAUCUUAA